UGUGCUCGCAGCUGCGUCCGUGCAGCGGCAGGGUGUUCCAAGCCCACCUGUGCGAACGUCACGUUUGGUGGUGACAAGUGCGUCAAGAAACGUGCUGGAACGUUGGGUGCGCGCAGUUGUGCGUGCACCUGUGAGUGCAGCUGUCCCAUUUCGGCGAGUGGGUGGAAAACACCUGCCUAUCGAGUCUGCCACCCUGCCGCCUCGCCUUAUCAAAUCAAAUCAGCAGGCCCCGUCGCGCUGGGCGCCGCCAUGGACCCCGUGCUGACGGCCCGUGAGCGCCGCCGUGCCGCCGUGGGGGCGGCCCCGUGACGCGUCCGCGCGUGUGUGUGUGCGUGUGCGUGCGCGCGUGUGUGUGUGUGUGUGUGACAGUGAUCGUGAUGAAGAUGUGGUCGUGACCGUCCACGCCUUGGAAGUGACCAACAUGACGGCAGGGAAAUGAGAACCGUAGCGCGUUGUGGUGAACUGGCCGACAUGUGACCACCGUGUCUGGCGGUGGUGACCCGGGGGGAGCUGCUUGCAGGUGCGGUGGCUGCCGCGGCGCAGCUGCAGGUGUGUGAUGCAGCGGGGGCUGAGGCCCAGGGCUGACGCGGCUUACGCGGCUGACGCCUUGCUGACGCCCACGGGUGCAGGGUGGCGGGGGUAGACUGCGGCUGUGACGGCGGCUGCCGGGGGCGGCGGGGGUGGGGCCGGGGGCGGCGCGGGGAGGCCGGCGACGAGGCGAUGAGCGGCACCUGCGGCCUCUGCUCCCUCAUCGGCGACGUCUUCCGGAGGCUCAUGUGCAUCGGCGGCUCCCGCCGCGGCUCCGGGGAGUCGUGCUACCAGGAGCUGCCCGACGAGGAGGCCACCAUCCCCAAUAGAACGGGGGAGCAGUCGGACGGCGGCGUUCUACUUCGAGUGUCGGCCGGGGGCGGCACGGCCACGUCGCUGUCCUCGCUGGACUGGGUGCUGCUCGGGGCGCUGGACGCGCUGGGCGCGGCGCGCUCGCUGCACACGGGCCGCUUCCUCACGAUGCACAAGCGGCGCCGGCGGCGGCCCACGACCCGGGGGCUGCAGCACCACCCCGCGCUGCUCGACGACAUCCACCACGGGCUGGUCAAGUGCGUGCUGGACCGCGUCUCGCUGUGGCCCUUCAACGCUUUCGCCCUGGACACUGUGACUGGAGGCCGCUCUCUCCCCGUUUUGUGCGUCCACCUGUUCCACUGGUACGGCCUCAUGGACCAUUUUAAACUAGACGUCGUGCGUGUGUGGAAGCUCUUUAGCUUAGUUGAGGACGGCUAUCACGGCAAUAACCCAUACCAUAAUUCAAUACACGCAACUGAUGUCACGCAGGCAAUGCAUUGUUUCCUUCAGGAAGAAAAGAUUCGUAAAUACCUGACGCCCCUGGAGAUCAUGGCCGCCCUGAUCGCUGCCGUGACGCACGACCUGGACCACCCCGGCGUGAACCAGCCGUUCCUCAUCGCCACAUCAAACCACCUGGCUGCACUGUACGAGAAUACAUCUGUUUUGGAAAAUCACCACUGGCGCAGUGCAGUGGGAUGCCUUCUAGAAAGCAAUCUUGCUGAUCAGCUAAAAGAUUGUCGCAAGGAAAUGGAAGAACAAAUAGCAUCUCUAAUUUUAGCCACUGAUAUAACUCGACAACAGGAAUUCCUCACUAAAUUUAAAAAAUAUCUUGAUACCAAAUCCCUUGAUAUGACAAAGCAUGAGGACCGCCACUUUAUCCUCCAAAUUGCUUUGAAAUGUGCUGAUAUUUCAAACCCAUGCAGACCUUGGGAUGUCAGCCGGAAAUGGAGUCUAAAAGUUUGUGAGGAGUUUUUCCGACAGGGAGAUUAUGAACGCCAACUGAACUUACCAAUAACAUCCCUCUGUGAUCGCACAACAAACUCAGUUCCCAAAAUACAAGCAGGUUUCUUCAAAUUUGUAGUUGCACCUUUGUUUGAGGAGUGGCACAGGUUUUUGGAUACCCCAUUGUCACAUAAUAUGAUCAACCACCUUCGAAAUAAUCAAGCACGUUGGGAUAUUCUGUGUCAGCAAGAGGCUGACCAAGAAGUUAAAACCGAAAUUUCUGAGGCAGAGUCCCAGGUGGCGGAGGCCGAGAAACUAGGGGAAGAGGUUGAGGAGGAAUAUGACAAUGUGAAGGGAAGCAAGGAGCAUCUUCUUUCGGAAUCUCUAAGAAGACCAUCACUGCCAAUGGAACCAGAUCAGCCAGAUCAGCCAGAUCAAUGCACAAGUGGAACUGCAUCCACCAUAGGAAGACGCCACUCAGUACCUCUUAGUAGGCCGUCACUCCCAAAAACAAUUGUUAGGACAGAGGUUUCUGGAAUGACAACUGAUCGGGGAACUUGUAGACGCUUCACCUUAGUACCUGUACUACAUUUGGAGGAAGAUGAAAACUCAUGUGGAGAUGUGGCACUAGAUGACUUUCUCAAUCAUUCUCAACUUUCCCUCCAAUCAUCCUGCUCUUCUUCUAUGGGUGGGGACCGGAGUGGAGAGAGACCUGUUAGUGCAGAAAAUCUCCUUCCAGAGCCAAGUAUUGCAUCAAUAACAACAAGUACAGAGGCCAGCAGACUAUCUACAGUGCUCCAUGGUGGGAAUGGUAGUGCAACUUCUCCUGGUACAUUAGCUCCUCCACGCAGUUUAACAAGACAACAGACCUUCCCACCAGUACAACCUUAUGUGCGAGCAAGAUACAUGUCCACCACCGUUGAGAUGUCAACGUGCACUGAGGGAGUUGCAAACCCAACUAGUAGAUCAAGUUCGUCCAGUUCAAGUAGAGCAGAACUUACAGGCACUGCGCUUCCUAAACAGGAUGGAUCACCGUGUGGACAAAAUGGCUGUAAUACUCCUCCUACUCCAUGGACAAGACCAUCUCGAUCAAAUAAUUUAUCGUCUCCAGUAGUUGAUUCAAGUUCAUCAUCAGCUGUCAAACGGCAUGAUCCUGUGGAGCAGCCAAGUGAACACAAAACAAAAGCAAGCAAAGUUGCAAGACUCUCCCUCUCUGAUCCCAAUGGGGCAGAGAAAAUAUCUUUGGCCGCAGCUGCCUUGCGACUUCAGUUUAAGGAAAAUGUGGAUCCUCAGCUUGAAGUAUCAAGCAGUGUAACUACUGUUCCCAGUGUGAGCAACAUUCGCAGAAAUGUUCCCCAGGGUUUGGUUCUUAGAAGAGGUUCUGCACCUGUGACAUUAAGUCCGAGAGAAGAUGUACCAUUGGGCUUACCAGUGUCUUUGAGGCCAGGGAUGGAGAGAUUCUGUCGAAGAGGCUCUGUGCCUAUCGACAUCUCACGACAAAGUGUUAUAAGACCCCUGGCUUCCAAAGAGAAUCUUGGCUGCUUCUCUCCUCCUGCUCAGUCACUGCAAUCUGCCACCACCUCGCUCAACUCAAGCAGCAAUUCUAUGCCUCGUCAAUCAUCUUUGCCACAUGACCUUGCAAGACAGUCAUUGGGUUUGCCGGUGUCAUCAAGUCCUGCCCAAACUCCUCUUACGGCUCCAGCAGGAUUUGGCCUUAGGGACAGCGAUGGCAACUGUCAAAAAAGUGUGUUCUGGGAUCCAGUUGGGGGAAUCUUACUAUGGCCUCAGGAAAAGUCAAAGUUACCAUCCAACUAUUCCUUCAGUGCUGAUUUAAUUCACCGGUUGUCUGCACCUGACAAAAAAGUUCGAUCUCCUGCCUCUACUUCGGUAUCAGUUGGUGCAUCAUGUGUAAAUAGACAAUUGCAUUAUUUGGAUGUACGUCGAAGUUCUGUUCCAACUGAUAUCAGCCUGGAGCUGUUGCGCCGACUGACAGAGCAGCCCUCAGUACCAGGGCGCUCAUCAAGCAACAAUAAUAACAGUAAUGGUAAAACCAGAAACAGCCGGGUCAAGAAAGUUCUGCGCAGGCGCAGUUCUGGAGGACCCGAACUGUUUCUCAAUGACUGCAGUAUAGAUAGCAGUACCUGGCAGCGCUGGCGCCGCGAGGUUCUGCUAAUCCAACGAAUGGGAGUUACAGACCCCACUCCUGUGUUGGAACCCUUACUGUCUCGUAGGAGAGGUUCACUGCCAGUGGAAGUACUGGCAGCUACCCAAUCAGGACCACGUUCACCAGAGGAGAAACUAUAACUCUUCUAAUACAGAUUAAGACGUGGUUUAUUAUGUGGCAUGUAGUGAAAGCACUCAAUAACAAUUUUGAAUUGUUUUAUACAAUUUUGAAGAAACAGUUGGGAACAGAACCCUUGAAACACAAUGACAGCUUACUGGGUGUGUGGUUUUGAAUUUCUCUUUCAGAUAAUUCCAUUGGAGGAAAUAGACUGUGUGAAGUUCAACAAUGAUGACGUGAGGAAAGAUCACUUUCAAACUGCCAACAAGAAAAUGUUGUGAAAUUGAAAAUCAAACAAUAAUGUGACCUAUAAAUGUAGAUAUAAUUUAAGUAUUUUUCUUUCUAUGUUAUUUUGAAGUUGUUGUUUGUAUGUUUAUGUUCUGUUCUAUUUAUUAACAAAUUUAAAAUAUUCUGGGUCUUGACAGCAGAUGUCCCUUUGCAUAUACUCUCAGUUGCCCAAUGAAUAUGUGGUGGAACAUAGGUGUAGUUAUUGAUAUUUAUUUUGACCUGUAUACAGUAUCUUGUUCCUUUAUUUCAAUAAUUGUGGCUCUGAAUUAUGCUUUUCUCUGCACCUCAGGAGCUUUGCUGGUGUGCACUAUCCAGUCCUCUUAAUCCUGAAUCUAAACAUGGCCUCAAUUUCAAAAAUUCUGUCACUUCCAAUUAAAGAUCAAGUUGAGAUUUUAAUUUAAUGACAAGCUGUACUGUGUUUAAUGACAAGAUACAAUGAAAAUUGAAUCUCUAAGACUUUAAAACUUCCAGUUUUAUCUUUUUUUUAUUAUUUAACCUUGCUUACAUAAUUUAUAGAUGUAAUUACCUGCAACCAUUCAGAGCCUCAGCCCUUUUUUUUUGCCUUCUCAACUUUCUUGCUCAAGCAAAUAUUUGUUGUAGACAUGUUCUUGUGAGUAUCAUGUUGUGAUGGUUUAAGAUAAUUUGCAAUACUAGCUAAUGUUAAUUACAGGGCAAUGAAACUAAGUUCAAGGCUGUAAUGUAGUAGUCCACAUUUCAACAUUUCACCAGCAAUGGCAGUGACACAAUUUGCUCUGUCUUUCUUUCUCUCUUAUCAUUUCCUUUUCAAUCCUGAAGGUGGAACAGACAGUUUCUAAGUAGAUUCUAAAUUUUUUUUCACUCAGUAAAUCACAACUUUAUCUAAUCUAAUAUUGUACAACAUUUCUGAAAUGAAUAACCAAAAUGUCUUUGAUACCGGCAGAGUGCUUCUUUAAAACAUUACAGUGUCACCGUUUCUGAACAUUGUGGACUUGUUUUUAUUUUUAUCAAUUAAGUUCCUAAGUUUUCAGGUUUCUCUCCAUGUAUUGUGCAUUGUUUUAACCAUAAGAGUUACAUUGGUUGUUAUCACCCCAUUGUACUAAAAAUGAUAUUAGAGUACCUGUUUAAAUGGGAUGAGAUCUAAGUGAAAGUAAAAGUUCAGUGCGUGGUUUGGUUUUACCAUGUUUGACUGGAGGUAAAUCUUGAAGUGCUAAUAUUCAUAAUAAGAGGAAUAAUUGUGUUUAUAUUUUUUAGGGACCAGAUCAUCACAUUUUUCCCAUUUCAUAUCUUCACUUUUGUUACUCAAAAAUCUUACCUGUCCUCAGUUUUGUGAUUAAAUUUUUGUCCCUUUCUGUGGCAGUUGUUGUUGCCAGCCAUACAUAAACCAUUAUGUUCGUUCUUUGCUUCAGACAAUCUAGCAGAUGAAUGAGAUACGAUUCUUGAUAACCAUCAUUUGGUCAUGUUACCACUUUCCAAUAAUGUUUCUUACAUAUUUUCUAUGACUUUUGUCUCUUAAAAGUGCAAUAAUUAACAAUUGUUAUUUGAACUGAGAGUUUAUCUGUUAAAUUGUGUUCUGUGACUACUGAAUCCCAGUCUUUUGAACAUGGUAACUUGUUUGUUACCGUACUCGAGAGCUUGUCCACUUAAAGAUUGUUUCCAUAAGAGAUAAUAGUUCCAGCAACUUCAAUGACAUAGGUUUUGCAAUUAUGUUUAAACUUGUUGGAAUGAUUAGCAUGGCUGGUCAGAUGCCUGUUCUUGUCAACAUGACUUAUUUUGAUGAGUAUAAAUCCUGCCUCAGCUGUUGUUAUUGCCCAUCACUAUUAGCUCUCUGGGGUAAAGUUAUGUAAAUAAUUCCCUUGUCUAGUAAAGGACUAUCCUUUUCCUGAUGUUUCUUGAAUGAUCUGUUUCAGACAUACCAAAAAUGACCUAUUGUUCAAAAUCUUCCUAGUCAAUUUAAAAAGGAAAUAAAAUUGUACAUUUGAAGUGUCCCUAAAUUUAAUCUGCAGUUUACCCUUUGUGAUUUUACUUCAGUUUUCUGUUGUGUUGUUUUUGAAUUUUACUUUUUAUAUUUGACAAACUGUAGAACUACUCAGCUGAUAUUUUAGUUUAUUUUACACCUGUUAAUUAAUAAUCAAGACAGAGAGUUAUAAAUGUUAUGUUAUUUUUCCUUGUAUGUUUCUUUGAUAAUUUACAUAGACGUGACUUUGACCUGAAAGCAUAAUUACCUUUUCAUCUUCCGGAUCCUUUUAAAUUGUUGUUAAUGUGAUACAGGUCUCUAAAAUUGAUGUGAUAUGUGCCAUCUUCUGCUUGUCUGGAUUACAAAUUGUUCACUUUAUGUAAUUAUUGUUAUGUUUUCUUACUGAUAGAAUUCCCUGUGCCAAAAAUUUUGGCCUGACUGGUUUGCUGUAUUACUGUCAACUUCCUCCCUUCAUUUUCUUUGCUUCAAACAAAGCUGUUUAAAACUCUACUUGUGAACUCAACUAGGAUUACUGAUGUUUGAUGUCUGUUUCCCAAGGUUGAUAAUACAUGUCUCUACGUUUAUUGACAGAAACGACAAUGCACAUACAUCAAAAAAGGUGUCUGUGCUCCAUCCCCUUCUCUUUCCCCUCUCCGCCAUGCACACUACAAAUAUGAGACCCAUUCUGCUAGCAAUAUCAUUAUUCAUUGAAUUAGCUCUAUUGGUCUAAAAAGUCUCUGGAUUAUUUCCAAUCGUGAAUUACAACUUUUAUUCGAGGGAAGGAAGUGAAAACUGUUCAGUAUUACUGUUAAGUUUUUGUUAUAGGACUAUCAUAUCUAUCGUGUUCAAUUUUCUGCAGUUGUUUCAAAUUCUAUAUGUACCUUUUUGUGAGAAGAAAUCUAUUAAUUUAUUUAUAUGCUCUCACUUACACUGUCAGGCUCCAUUGACUAUUAAUGGUUUGUUUGUGAUCUAUGUUUUAAGUGUUUGCAACUUUCAAUUUCCACAUUCACAUAGAUCUAUGGUAAUUUUGUGUUCUAUCUCUGUUACUUUCCUGAACGUCCACUGGCAUGUUAAAUUACCUGAGACUUUAAACUAAAUGUUUUGAAUAAGAUAUAAGGAUAUGUUUAUCGAGGGAGGACCUCCAGAUAUUGCUAUGUUGAAUAUUUCUUUCUGUACAAUUUAACAUAUUAUCCAUAAACUGGUAUCACUAAAAAACUUUCUCUGAACAAAUUUCAGCAACAACGGCAACGAACCAAAAAUAUGUGUCAAAAUGUUGGUUUUGUCAUAUGGACAUAUAUUUAUAUAUAUUUUGAGAUUGUACCUGAUCUUCUCAGUAUGUAGUAGCCUGUUUCUGUUUUCCCUCUUACACAGUAAUAUAGACUUUCUGAUGCCAAUUUAAAUGUUGCUACCAAAAGGUGUUCAGAAGUAAUAAGAGACACUUUCUGAAGUGAGAUUUCAUAGUUUUGGUCAUGUUUUCAUCUGCUGUAUUGUCAUUUGAUUCAUAGUAAAAUCUAGUCUUUAAACCCCCAUUUAAGUUGAGUGUUCAAUUCUAUAUGUCUCACUCUACACUUGCUAUAUUUUAUUUUGUGAUCUUGAUUUCUUUACACAACGUGUCACACUAAUGAAAACAAAUAAGAUUUGAAAUUGUGUUUAAAGGAGAUUUUUUUAAGGCUAUUGAUGAGCUGGUGAAUACCAAAGACACAUCAUUUAAUUUCAGCUUUUGUUUUUCUUUUGUUUCUUUUUUAUAAAGUUUAUUUUAUAAUUCCAACCACGUGUAAAAUAUCAUUUAGUCAAAGAUGUAAACUGUGGCAAGCCUUUUGUUGUGAACAUGUAAAUUGAGUUUCAGUGCAGCCCCUCUUCCUCUUAGUUUGCAAGUCAAAAUUAUCGUUUGUGUGUCUAUGAAAUAUGUGUUGAGACUGUAUCGCGUACUUCCUGUUUUUCUAUCCUUUUCUGUUCACUGUUGGUCAUUUUACUGUCAUCUUGAUCAGAUUUCGUAAAAAUUGAUUUUUUUAUGUGUUCUAAGAAUUGUUUUUAGGAGGUUUGUGAUUGCAAGAGAGUGGUUGUGUACUGACACCAAAAAUUAAUGGGUGCUAACAUCUGUUUGUUAAUAUGGCAAAGUAAUGUGGAAAAUGAAUCCACUAAAAAUAAAGUGUCUAUCAUCAA